UUUUAAAAUUCAUUCAAACUAAACAAACCAAUUUUCUUUGCUGCGACCGGAAAGUUUAAAGGAGAAAUCGAAUUUUUUUCCACACCUACAACUGUACAUCGAAGGCCGCGAAAACAAACCCCCUCACCGCUAUUACUUUAAAUAUCGCAGUCAAACCCCUAUUCAAAAAACAAUGGAAAAUGGAUCAGUGGCGGGUACUUUUGGCGAAAUGAGCAUUGUUAUAAACCUUGUCCCCAUAAUACAGAUCGUUACGACCGUACCAAGAUUUUACUAAAUUUCAAAAAAGCGGUAUUUCCAGAUACCGUAUCUGCCGCCCCAACCGAAUGGGGCGCCUUCUGGGGGCCAAGGCACCUACAAUCCGGCCGGCGUUCAGCAGCAGGGACCGCCCCAGGGAUCGAUCAACUAUCAGCAGCAUUACUUGCAGGCGGUUCCCCAGCAGCAGCCGCCUCCCCAAAUGCCCACCAUGUUCUGUAUUCCCACCCAGCCCCACAUGUUGCCAAAUGUGCCUUACAUGCAACAGGGGCCCCCGCCUGGAGCCCCCCAUCCGCACGUACAACUUCUGCUACAACAUCAGCACCCGUCGCAAGGCGGAAACCCCCACGGCCCCAGCCAAUAACGUUUGCGGGACCACUAGCGGCAGAACGGAGUGAUAUUCGGACAAAUCGCGCCCGCCUGUUGCGACUAGGCAAUUUUUAGUUUUAGUUGUGCAUGGAAAAGCGUGCGUGCGGUCGUAAGCGAAAUUCGGAUCUUUUUUUUUUUUGUUUAAAUUAGUUAUAAACUGCUCAACGAAGUCAACAAAUUGACGAAUUUGGAUCUGGAUACGUUCGGAUUGAUGUUUGAAGCGUUAUUUAGUGCAGUUUUUCGGUUAAGGUGCUUUUGCCAACAAUUACUGCCUCACAAGAAGUUUCUACAGGGUGGCAAAUGAGGCGCUUUUUGUACUUCAACACCAUAGACCUGGUAUAUCGCAGGAAGCUUUUGAAUUUUUCGCUCAUCUCGUUUAUAUACUCCAAUCUAGUAAUAAAAUCAACUUUUUGCUAUUGCGCCGGUAUAUUUAAUUAAUUUUCAAAUUUCUCUUAAUUUUUAUUUUUAUUAAGGGGGACACCCUGUACAGGGGGUGUCUGAGUGUCCGAAAUAUUUCAAAGUAAACUUCUUGUCCUUUACAGGUACAGGUACAGUUGACGACUACUAAAAGCGCUUUUUCCUUGUCACAAACUUGUUUUAAUUUAGCAAUCUUAUUAAUUUUUUUAUCUGCAACUGUCAUAUAAUGACUGAUUUGAUUUCCUGCUCUCUUAAGCUCGCUUUUUGUGUAAAUCUUUCCUCGGUCAAUUUAAUUAUUUCAGUUUUUUAACAGUUUUGAAUGUGGCAUUUUGACAAUAAAAAAAACUAGUCAGUAUUAUGCCAUUUACGCGAAAUCAUUAAUAUUUUACUUUUAUCUGUCGACAACUGUACUUAUACGUUUCGGAUGACAAGAUGGAAAUUGAACAAACUCGAUCCCAAAAACCUUUUUUUUUUU